GAGUAUAUAACUGCCAGGUCUUUUUGAUCCAGACCAGAAUCUCAGAAGGCUUUCAUCAUGUACCUGUUGGUGGUGUUGAUCUAUCUUCUGCUAAGCUCUGUUCCUGCACAGAGUCGUCCUGUUGAGGAUUUAAUUGAAAAGAUCUCUGGGAAGAGUGUCUCUGUCUUUGUCUCUGAUAACAAAACUGAGAAAGAUGACAUGGCAGUGUCAAUUAUAAUUGAGAAGAACAAACAUGCAGGACAGAAAGUGCAUGGGCCCUUGAUCACGUUUGGAGACAUCGCCGUAUCAGCAGGCUUCAAGAAUGCAGAUCCGUGCACAGCUCGUGGAUGCAAAUGGGAGAGAAGCAGAAAUGGAUUAGUCUAUGUGCCCUACGUGAUCGCCAACCAGUACUCUCCAAAUGAAAUACAAGUGAUUAAACAAGGUUUACGGUCCUUUGCGGAUGUUUCCUGCAUUCGAUUUGUACCACAUGAAGGGCAGAGGCACUUUCUCCACAUCAAGUCUGAUUCUGGUUGCUAUUCAUAUUUGGGGCGUCAAGGUGGAGGGCAGGUUGUUUCUCUACAGCGCUUUGGAUGUGUUUAUUACUACAUUGUUCAGCAUGAGCUCCUUCAUGCUCUCGGGUUCCAUCAUGAACAGAACCGCAGCGACCGUGACAACCACAUCCAAAUCCUUUAUCAGAACAUCAUACCUGCACAGCAGCACAAUUUCAAGAGAAGACAAACCAAUAAUCUGGCAACCCCCUAUGACUACAACUCUGUAAUGCACUAUUCAAGGUACGCUUUCUCUAGGAACAACGAGCCAACCAUGAUUCCCAUUCCUAAUAGGAACGCUGUGAUUGGUGAAGCACGAAGUAUGAGCCCCAAUGACAUCCUGCGGAUUAACAGACUUUACUGCCGUUGAAGUGCUGCCAGGCUGUUUGAUGAAUGUUUAUCUUUUUUCCCCUUAUACAAUUUUAAGGGUUCCUUUCUUCACAGUUUCAGUUGAUUUUUUGCUUAUCUUUUAAAGAUGUAACACCUUUUAAAAUCAUUUUACAAUCAGACACCUCUCAGUACAUAAACUAUAAAGAUAACACUGUUCCAGUAUCAGAUGUUUGUGAUAAAUUAACAAAAAACACAAAUAGUGUGAACUCAAAAUGUGAACUCAACUUAAGUCCUUGUUUUUUUUUUAUUGUUGUUGUUGUGUUUUUAUCAAUUUUAUAAACAUUAGUUAGAGGGUGAGGUUGCUUUUUUAGAAUUAAAAACAAAAAAUGUCAUAAUAAAAUAAUAAUCUCUUUUAUCUAUGUCAGGGGUGCCCAUCCCUGCUCCUGGUGAUCAAAUGAUCUAUGUCAAUUUUCAUUCCACUUAAUGUAUUAAUAAAUAAAUAUGCAAUAUGGUAAAUUAUGUAAAAUUUCAUUAUUGACACAGUAUUUAUUAUUAUAAGUCCAAAUCAGUUUCUAAUGAAUAUUCACAAAAUGUCUAUUCCAAUGUUUUUUAUUAUGAAAUGUUACAGGGAAAUGAAUCCAGCAUCUAAAGAAUUUAUUACUUAUUAUCUUGCAUUUAAUAUCUACACAUUUUGCAGAAUAUCCACUGGACACAAAUGUUUGAGACAGAAUACCGUUGUCACACAUGUGAACUCCUUUGUUGUUGUUUUUGUCUUGUGCCAUGUGCUCUGUGACCUACUUUUAGUUAAUUAUCUUAGUGUGUUAACCUGUGUGUAGUUAAUUUAGUAAUUUCCUGUGUGUAUUUAAGUCCAGUGUGUUUGUACUGAGUUUGUCCGACUUCGUCUUUAAUACGUGUGGUUUUUGUUCUGCCUAUCUGCCUGCCUGCCUCUAUAUUAUUACUUGUUCGCUUGAAGAGGAUUAAAUACUGUUUACGUUUAUAUUCUCAUUGAAUGCUCUCACAACCACACCCUGACAGAAAGUCGGACCAGUAAAAAAUUAAUAUAGCGGCGUGUUUUCCCUUUUUUGUUCUUUGUUUUUUCGAAACGUUUUCCCCAUUUGUAGACCCUAACUUCCUCAUCCUCCUUCUGGAGUAGGAGGAUUGCUCUCUCGAGUGCUAUACGAAGGACUUCCUCGCCCUCACGAACGACUCACGAUACCCGGACAGCUUCCUGUGCUCAAUCCACUUUCGCGGACUCAACACACGAGCGAAACUGUUCGGGGACGGCCCUCGAGAGAGCCUAGCCGCUUAUAUCGAGUGGGUGUCGUGCAAUUUGUCGCUGACCGUUCAGCUUGAGGACAACGACACCAGCCCGUGCCCACCACUGAUGAGGGAUCGAAGUCCACAGAGCCAGAGAGAGCGACAGAGCCGUGGGGCGCCGCAUGUUUUCCCACCCCUACCAUCCGCUGUCGAUGUUUAUCAGCAUCCACUGCGCUCAUCCUCAGCUCACCAUCUGGUGCUCGCCACGGGUCUGCUGGUCACCAUCGCCGUCGUGGGUGGAGGAUCCCUUGCCUCAUCAUCCGGCCUCCGAGUCCUGGACUCCACUCCAGCUAGGCUCCUAGCUCCCUCCUCUCCACUGUGGUCCAUUAGUCCACCAGCUCCGCCAGGCUCGAUCGUCCCAUCCGGCUCCACAUUGGUCUGUCGUCGACUAUCCGUUGCCUAGAGUGGUUCCUCUCCUCCGGCUUCACCUUGUCCCUCCAUCCCUCCAGCUUUGUCAGGCUCCACCUCAGUCCUCUGUUGCUCUUGCUCUGCCACUUCCUUCUCGUCCCCCGUCUCCGCAUCGGUCGCCGAAGCCUGUGGCGUCACCUAGGUCCUCCAGUGCCUCGGUGUCUCCCUGGCUCUUCGUCUCUGCCUCAGUCUCCUCCACCACCUGCUCUGCCGCUGUCGGUCAGCCCCAUGGAGUCGAUGGCCAUUGCUCCUCCCUCUGUCAGCUCCACCUUGGACCAUCAUGGCUGGGUUCUGGGUCCUCUGGAUCUCCUCCUGCUCCAGACUCCUCCUGGCUCCUCCCUCCGUCUGCACCUCCCUGGACUCCAUCUGCCAAACCCCUCCUGGGGGCCGUCCUCCACCGGUCCUAGCGAAGGCAUGGCUGAGUGACUUGUUUAUUCUUGGUGAGAGAUGGGAAGUUGGGAGGGAACACAGGAAAACUCGGGAGACUCAAAAAGUAUAGGAGAUUCAGGAGAGCUGGAUGGAACCAGUGGAAAUUUAGGAGGUUCCGGACAUUUAGCCACUAAUCUCCACUAAUACAUCCUUAACAAUGCACAAUGUUGCCACAACUGGUCAAACUCAUCUUGAAUCAACAUCACUGUCAUAUUGUUUGUAGAUGGUUGUAAGCUGGUCUCUGGAUUUGAAGUGGAAGUUAUCCUUUGCAAAACCGAUUGAGAAAUCUUGUUAAGAGAUGCUUGGGUCAUAGCAAUCUUGUCUUGAAGUUCUUGCAUAACUCUUGCAUAGCCCUGCAAAGAAGCUCUUCCAUGACAGCAGACAUGACAUGAAGAGUUUUUGCUGUGAGGUUCACAGUCCCAGGCUUAGCUGACAAGAUGCUAGCAAGCUCUGAAGUAGCAGACAUGAUGUUAACAGGUCCUUGAGGAGCAGGCAUGGCAAUUUUGAUUGGUGUGAUGUGAGCAGACUUAGGAGUAGUUGGCAGAACAUGAACAUGCUUUGACUUGGCAGAUGUUGUAGGUUUGUAAAGUCCCUCAUCUGCAAGACCCACAGUAAAAUUAGUGCGACAAAACGUGGUCAAACAGAGAAAUUCCAAAUACCAGCAAACAGUUACAUCUAAGUGUGAGAGAGAAUCAUAAUCCAGUAAAAUGCGAUGGUCAGGGCAGGCAGCAAAACGUUCAAAAAACACGAGGCAAAAGUCCAGGGUCAAAAUACAAGAGGGCAAUCCAAAGUAACAAAUGAAACACAACACAAAACAAGGCAAAGGCAAUGGCAGUGGCAAUGGCAGUGACAAUGACAAUGGCAUGAAAAUAGAUAAACAGAAAAUAAACAGAAAAAUACUUGGUAGAGAAAUGGAGGUUUCCCUGGUAACAGGUGUAGACAAAGCAGCUCUGAGCCUACAAAUGCUUCCUUACAUGCAGGAUUAAAGAAAAAAGACAGUUUUUAAAGACAGUCUUUCUUCAGAAAUAAAGUGAUAUAAAAACA